GUACUUUUGUGAAGGAGGACAAGAUAAUCAGUUGGUGGGGCCCAAUGUGACGUGCACCCGGACCCGCCGGUUAUGUAGUGUUUGUGUGAUCGGACUGUGUAGAUAUGCUUAUGAAAUAUACAUUAGUAAAUCCUCGGACUGUAAUACGCGCGACGUUUUGUUUCCCGUUUCUUCGGCUUUUUUAAACGAUAAAAAUCUAUACUCCACAUCUUUCCUCCCGGGAAAACUCGGUAAUCGGAUUGGUUAGAAUUGAGCAAUCAACUAGUAUAAUGGAGCAUUUCAUAUUAGGAACAGCAACAAGACUUGUACUGUUUUGUCUUACUCAUAUUUUAUGUAGUUGGAGUGCGCAAAAGGAGAGAAAAAGCAACUCUCUAUUUACGAUCGUAUAUGUUGUAUAUGUAGAAAAGCAAUCGGUACGACGAGAUUUAAAUCGCAAAAAAAAAAACUCCCGGUGGCGCAAUUGGCGCAUUGAUCAGAUAAACCCAGAGGAUGGGUUCAUUCUCUCCCCAUCUACAAUAAGAAUGACACCUUUUGUUUCUGUGAGUAUGUGUAUGUACAUCCGUGUGACAAUUGAGACGAAGUUGUGAGCCGGGAAACGUGAUGGCUUGUUUACACCCUUUUAAUCUGGACGUUCCACAAACCCGCAAAUGAUCUGAUAAAGAAAAGCGCGAAAACAAACUAUCAGGGUGAGAAGCCAUCGGCC